UUUCAAGUUCUCCUGAUGAUCGAUAAUUCGCUGACUAACACGGAACCAGUUCUUUUCUCUCUGUGUGCUGGGAUCCGCUGAUGGUAAGCCGGUGUCGUAUACGUGAGUUCUCCCAUCGAUCUGCGCAGAAAUUCCUACCUCCAAGUAUCACUAUUUUAUAUUACAUUCCUGGAUUCCGCACAGACAUUUAUUUAUCAUUGCUGCAUAUCGCUGGCGUCCGUUGACUAGGACAGGGAACCCGGGAUGCGAGUUUGAGACAAUAUUACGAAAGACUUUGCAGAAGUUGUGGACUAACAGUUAACAGCGAAACAAAAUGAAGCCAGCUUUGACUUAUUUGGUUGUGUUUGGAAUAUUUCUUACCUUUUUACACAAUUCCUAUGAGGAACAGAUUAAUAAAUCAGAUAAUGGUCCUCGUCCAGAUUUGAUAAACAUAGACGAAGGAUCCCAACAUUCCAAGGCGAGAGCUAAACCCGCCGAUAAUAUUGACAGAGAUGACGAAGACGGAGACGAUGAUGAAAUCGAUGGUUCCGGUUCCGGGUCAAGCGAGGUCAAACAAGAGACAACAACAUUAUAUCCAACGCAAUUCCCAGGUCCAGUUGUCAUGGAAACACCAGCAUCGUCAUCUUCCAUUGACGACAGAAAAAUCAAAGAAAUAAUUAUUCAAGAAAAAGGUUCGAAGCUCCUUAAAGAUGUUACAGAUAACAAUACGAAAGUGCUGGUUUAUGGCAACAAUGUUAUUACUGUGGUAUCCGACGAUGAUGGUGAUGAUAAGCAACCUUUGACCAAUAAAGACAAGAAAGUUGCAUCCAAUUUGUUGGCUGCAAAGAUUAAGGAAACUGGUUCAAAUCCAAAGCGACCACAGGAGAACCAUUCAGAACAAAGGGAGAGGAUUUGCAAAGCACUUGACUGUAAAUUUGGCGCAGAAUGUGUAGAGAAAGAGCCGUUAAAUUUUGAAUGUGUUUGUCCGGUUGGUACAUGCGCAGACGAAGAAGGAGCGGAAGUGUGUGGUUCUGAUGGGGUCACAUACAGGGGGUCAUGUCAGCUGGGGAUGGAGACCUGCAGACAACAGAAGAACAUCACAAUUGUCAAACAGAGAGGAUGUGAUGAAGAAAAUCCAGAAAUGUGUCCUAUGUUCCCAGUUCCUAAAUGGAGUCCGUGGUCUAUGUGGAUCCAGUCCGGAGCUUCAGAAUUCCGUUUCCGGGUGUGUCUUUCUCAAGAGCCCGGAAGUCCUGGGUGUGUCGGGAAGUCAAUUGAAGAGAGGUCGUGUAGAACUCGUCGCUUUGGAUACUGUCAGACAGCACUCGGAAAAACUGUUUCCAAACAAGAGCACAAAUGUGAUGGAACUGAUGUGAUCGACUAUACAAAAUUAGAUAUUCUGCUCCCUGAACUGAUGAAAGAAGAGUAUGAUUGUUUAUUUUCCCUCUACGAUACGUCGGAUUCUAAAUUUGUUCAUACCAACUGGACGCAUGCCCAGCUCAUUAACAAGGGAGACCCAGUGGUUUGGUGUGCGCAUAGAGGCAUGUUUAUCCCUUUCUCAUCGGGACACAAGAGGUGUACGCAAAAACUAACAGAUUUCUGCGCCAAACCCAAAUCAUGUGGAAAAAGAAGGAGGAAAGGCCUCAAAGACCGUGGUGACUUCAAGAAGAAGUGUUGGAAAAAGUUCCUCCUUGGAGAAAAUCUCCCUGCUGCUCUUCCAACUCACGACAAGUAUUUCAUUUGUCAACGAUUCGCAGACGACACCGAGUUUGCCCAGAUUUUUGGAACCAAGUCUAUGUACGGCACAAUAUACGACACGCGGAAUAAGAUCCCUUUGAUCUCCUUUGGUCGCUUUAACAGUCUGGGAGAUGAUUCCUGGCCAGCAGUAUCUUCUAUGAUCGAGAGAGGCCUCAAGAAAAUCGAACCGAUGGACCUUGGUCUUAAGAAGAAAAGAGAAUCUAAUGGAGUACAAUUUAUAGAGACAGCAGAUCUAACGUUUGAUCAGAGGUGUCAACUUGGAGAAUACCAAGCCCUAGAGUCUGAUUACAACAACCAACCAUACCAGCUUCAGUACUUGCUGGCCCCUGACAUAGCAGGGAGCGAAACUUCUGAUCGAAUAGCUACACUUUCGCUGACCAACUCUGUCCCUAUCCAUGCUUCGAUUUACAGCGCUUGGAAACAAGCAUUAGGCAGUGUACGAAAAUACUCAAUUGAUGUAUGUGGAGUAGUCAAUUUGGACGGAGGCGAAGAAAAUCAUCACAGAAGAAAGAAGAACGACUCCCCCGACAUGCAUAUUGUUGCUGGAGGUGUUCCAUCUACGAACAAUACCAUCGGAAAUGACGUAAAUGUUCCUGACGUCAUCUGGUUGGCCGGGUGUUGCGUGAGAGGCGGGGAAACUAAGUCAUUUGCUGUCUACGUCAGAAAUGUCCAAAAUGGACAAAUUAUAUCAGCCCCUGUUGAACAACUCGAGGUCCUUCUCUCCGAUCUCUACAAAUCGGAACCGACCGUUCGGCUAUUUCCGGCACUGAACGGAAUGUGUGCAGACUUGCAGAACGAUGUAUCGAAGUACGUCAUGGUAUGAAAAGUAUUGCUGAUGUUGUGAAUUAAAGACGUUAUUUAUUCGUUUUUCCGUCACAGUUUGGGAAUAAUACUCAUAGCUACAGAUUCAAAAUGGAGUUAUCAAGAAACAGUAAGUAUAAUAAGAUACGCCUUGACUAGCUAUCUUUAAUCAAACAGACUUGCAGGAUCGAAGAUUAAAAUGUUGCUACCUGCUAGGUUUAACAGAAGAAGUUAUAAAUAAGUUUCGUUUCAUUCCGACAAGUUAAAACAACUACCCAACAAAGCAAUAGAUUUCAUUUUGUAUCAUGUUCAUGCUCUGUAUGUAUCGUGUCAUAUUUGGUGUUUGAUAUUCUACAUCUACAGUCAAAUAGUUGAGUGUGUAAAAACUCUCUAUAAAGUAUUCUAAUGAACAAUGAUGAAGACUCGCAAUAUCUGUUUUUAUGUAGAGCGAAUGGUACAGAAUCUUUAGCACAUUUGUGCCCAAUUUUCUUUUCAAUUUUUAUUGAUGAAAUAAAUGUAAAUGAGGACCAAGAAAGAGGGAUAAAAACUGUGAAAUACAUGUACUAUGACUAAGUUAGUUACUGACAAUUUUCGUUCUUUAUCGCCAUUUCUGGGAUGAUUUUUCUUCGUGGUUCAUAAAGGGUAACUGCGUUUACUGCUUUCGUGUACAGUUUCCUCUAUUUGAAUAGAUCAUGCUUUUGUCAUUGUAAGUUAUUUUGACGUCGAUAGUUUUUAUCCCUUGCAUUCUAUGUCUAUAACAAAAUUCAAUCGCAUCAUGAAGCUGUACAUAAUGAAUACAACCUCAUAAUGAAGUUCACAAGUGUUUUAUGCUUAUAACCUGCAUACAUCUUCGUAUGAAAUCAUUUAAAAACCCUCAACAGUUCGAUCACAAAAUGAAAAAUAAUAAACAUUAAUUAUAAUACUGCAGUAACCAAAAAUGACGGACCAAUCAUUUUAUACCAAAAACUUGUCUUGAAAAUCUUGACAAUUUAGAAUAGAUCUUUAUUGGUUCAAGUUAUAGCUUAUAAGCAAACUUGUGUUUCAGUGUUCUUAGUAAAUAGUGAACCUUUUGAAGGUGUCUAAUAGAAUAUAUAGCAAUAUAUAAUCUUGUCCAAUGCUGAACAUUUCUUAUGUAUCAAAAAAUUAGCUUUAGCAACCAUGUUGUUAUCCAAUUCAUGUAUUUAUCUAUUAAAUUUAAGUGUACAUGUAUAUAACUACUGUAUUAUUUGUCAUGUAUUGUUAACAUUCUAUUCCAUUUGUUCUCAUUCCAUAUUCUGUUCGUGUUAUUGCUGAAUAAAAUUGGUUUUCUUUC